CCAAGCACAACACAGCGCCAUUUCCCUUCGUGCUGUGUGUGUGUCAGGAAAUAGGUCACAAGACUGAGGAGAAAUAUAGAAACAAUCUUAACCAGAACUACUGAUUUAAUUCACCAAUCUCCGGGCUCCCAUCACAGCGACUGAGAGCAAAUGUCUGUGGUCGGUGGGCCCGCUCGGAUGAAGUAUUGUAGCGCAGGCCCGGGUUGAUGUGCUAUUUGUUUUGCCUUUUAAACUGCGACUUAAGAAGAAAUCAGCAGAAUGAAAAGAGGGCAACGGGGAGGAGAACAGCAGCAGGAGGAGGGCGGCGGCGGCUCCGGCCCUGGGUCCCCCGAAUCCUUCAAGCGGCUCCGCAGAGGGAGCUCUGAGAAAGCUGUGCAGGGGAGCUUUGGGCUGGAUGCCACGGCUGAAUGGGGCUGCCUGCCCCAGGAGAUCCUGCUGCAGAUUUUCCAGUACCUGCCGCUGCUGGAUCGGGCGUUUGCCUCACAGGUGUGCAAGGGCUGGAACCAGGCCUUCCACAUGCCUGAGCUCUGGAGGUGCUUCGAGUUUGAGCUCAACCAGCCGGCAAGCUCCUACCUGAAAGCCACGCACCCGGACCUAAUCAAACAGAUUAUCACGAGGCACUCCAACCACCUGCAGUACGUCAGCUUCAAGGUGGACAGUAGCACAGAGUCUGCAGAGGCAGCCUGUGAUAUCCUGUCUCAGCUGGUUAAUUGCUCACUGAAAACCCUUGGGCUCAUCUCCACGGCACGACCCAGCUUCAUGGAACUGCCUAAGUCUCAUUUCAUCUCAGCACUGACGGUGGUGUUUGUAAACUCCAAGUCCCUGUCCUCAUUGAAGAUUGAUGACACGCCAGUAGAUGACCCAUCACUCAAAGUGCUUGUGGCCAACAACAGCGACACCCUCAAGCUACUGAAGAUGAGCAGCUGUCCUCAUGUCUCGCCCGCAGGGAUCCUGUGCGUGGCGGACCAGUGCCACGGCCUGCGUGAGCUCGCCCUCAACUACCACCUGCUGAGCGACGACCUGCUGCUGGCGCUCUCCUCCGAGCGCCACGUGCACCUGGAGCACCUGCGCAUUGACGUGGUGAGUGAGAACCCGGGCCAGCAGUUCCACACCAUCAAGAAGAGCAGCUGGGAGGCCAUGGUGCGCCACUCGCCCAAGUUCAACCUGGUCAUGUACUUCUUCCUCUACGAGGACGAGUUCGGGCCGUUCUUCCGCGACGACGUGCCCGUCACGCACCUCUACUUCGGCCGCUCCGUCAGCAAGGAGGUGCUGGGCCGCGUGGGGCUGACCUGCGCGCGCCUGGUCGAGCUGGUGGUGUGCGCCAAUGGGCUCCGGCCCCUGGACGAGGAGCUGAUCCGCAUCGCAGAGCGCUGCCAGCACCUGUCGGCCAUCGGCCUGGGCGAGUGCGAGGUGUCCUGCAGCGCCUUCGUGGAGUUCGUCAGGAUGUGCGGGCGGCGCCUCUCGCAGCUCUCCAUCAUGGAGGAGGUGCUCGUGCCCGACCACAAGUACGGCCUCGACGACAUCCACUGGGAGGUAUCCAAGCACCUGGGCCGCGUCUGGUUCCCAGACAUGAUGCCCACCUGGUAGGGUACCGCUCAGCUCACAAACGCGACUACCCCUCACCCUCCUCCUUACCCGACACGUUCACGCCUUCAGAAAGCUCUGUUUCCUGUGUUUACUGGGAAUAAAUCGUCCAGAUUUCAGUGUGGACUCAAACAGAAGCACGCCUCUGUUGUAUAUCGUCAUUUAAAGACUCUGAAGGUUUAGUCUCUGCAAAGCACUCUCCCCUGGCCUUUCUCGCUAACCUUUGACCAGACCGUGUUUUUGUGUUUAUAUAUACAUCUUUGCGUGUGUUUUUUCCUGCAUGCUUUAUGCAGUCCUCUUGUUUUGUUCUUCAGCUGAAACGACGUGUCGGACACGGACGCGGUGUUAAUUACACGUUCAGAGCUCCACAUUAAGAGGAGUCUCCCAGACAAACUACUUUUCACUCAUCUUUAUACUUUAGCAUCUCCUUACUGAUUUCUGCGGCUUUAGAUUUUCGUAUACAUUACUGUUUCCAAAAAAGACACAUUCACAAACGUUCGUUGAAUUUCAAAGUGAAGGAGUAUAGCCUAGAAAUUCAUACCAGGUGAUUAUUUAUAUCAGCUAUAGUGAUGCAGCUUAAGCACUUUUGACUUAACCGAAUGAAGUAUCAAGUUAUUGUGUGUGGGACUGUAGAAAUUAAUCAUUAGAGAAUAUAUAUAGUAGUGGAAAUAAAUGUUCAGGGCUAGUGGCUAUUUUUGGAGCACCGAGAACCUAGUGCCGCAACAAUCAAUGUCAUCAGCAUUAUCAACAGGGAAAAGAUUACUGAAUAAUCCAUGUGUCAUUUGUUUAAGAAAACACAAUGCUGCUUUGUGAAAAUGGCGUGACUUAAAUCCGCAUCAUUCGCGCAGCUCGGUAAAAGGUAUGUGCCAGAUUUUACCCGAUACUGCUAGCUAGAAGCACAGUCCCGCUCUCUUCACAUGCAGUGACCUACGGCGUUUGGAAGCCUUUGUUUUCUCUGAAAGGGUUCUCACACUGUUGUCUCCUGAUGGGGGGGGGUACUGAGAAUCCCACCACGGGGGGCUGUUGCGUCAGGGGCUUUUACUUUUGAUGUUCAAAAGUAGGACGUCAUCUUAGUUUGAGGAGUAUGUUGUUGCUAGUUAGUGCUGGUUUUAAAACCUAUAUUGCAGCACCAUUCCAACUAAUACUCUGUUGCCAAAUUUCAUGUGCAUACUUUUACCAAAGUCUCAGUAAAACAAACAACUACACAAAAAGGCCAGACGGUUUAACCAGUUACCGGUGAGAGAAAGGGCUUUUUGUCAUAAAAGAAUGAUCUCUUACACACACACACACACACACACCUGCGGUCAGAGACCCAACACUGAUAACAGUCCUGUGGUCAGAGACCCAACACUGAUAAUCUUGGUUUAAAUUAAGUGUACAUAUACACUGUUCUCUUUAAAUAACUGGAAUGUGCGAUUGCUAUUGUUUUGGCUCUGCAGUCUAGUAUAUUGGAUUUAAAACAGAACUGAUUAAAAGGUUAAUGCGCAGGAGUCCUCUUUAGAAUAUUUGAGAAUAUUUGCAUAUAUAUUGAAUGAACCAAACAGGAAUUUCAGCCCUGCUGACUCCCCCUGGUUCAGGGAAGCGUAAUUAAUUUGACAGUUGGCUGCUUAAUUGUUUCUUGACCAGUUGGCUUCUGUCGCAUCAUUAAUUUGUAUUCGAGCGAUAACAAACUAGAGCGAUGCAGAGCAGUCUCGAGAGAAAAACAGUCUACCGUUAAUUCAAGACGUGGCUGUUGGGUUUGGAGUCUCGCUGCUGUCUCGGUGUGAGGAAGAACUAGGCGUCAGUGUCAUGAGGCUGAAGAAAACUUUAGUUCGUGAAGCAAAACUGUCAAACAGAUGGAGGAUCCACUGUGCAGAGUGUGGAAUGCACUGGAAUGAUCUAAAAGUGUAACACAAAAUGCAAAAUCCAUUAAGAGAAUCACUGAAAAGUCAGGAAGAGAAAGGUCAGCUGAUUUUAUGAAAAAAAGCCAUUGGACCGAAGAUCUUUUAUGGACAGGUGAGAUAAAUAUUAACCUGUGAGGAAAGUGUACAGGGGGCCAGAUCACCAGUAAAUCACCGGUCAGACACGGCAGACUCGUGCAGAACCUGUCAGUAAAGCGUUUCGGCGUUCUUACCAGCGGCGCGUCCUUGACCGGCCUGUUAACCAUCAGCAGGGCGAAUGUGCAGCGCUUGGCGUCUGUGGUUCACAGGUCCCCUCUGACUGCAGUCACCUUAUCCCCACCCCAACGCAAUGGAGCACAGCGCCAAAAUAACGGUGCUGCUUCCCUCUUGUUUCUGAAUGUUAAGGAAAAGCACUUUGGGAAAGUUGUGUGUAAUUGAGAAGCUGAUUGCAACUAAUGGUGGAAUGCUGGUUUACCGGGUUACUAAGACCCAUAAUGCAACUAUCUGCCUGCUGUGUUUGGUAAAUACAUUCAUCAGGCUUGCUCUAGAUCUGCUUACGACUACUGUUGUCUUUGGGGAAGGGCCACUUAAAUUUUCUAACUCUAAAUUAGUAAGAAGUUGGUGACCAGUGAUUUGACCUAUGUAAAGAAAAAAACCUGCACUUUAAGAAACAUACUAACUUUUGUGCUGUGUGUGAAUAUCUUGUUUGUAGGAGAGAGGGGACAGAAUUGGUACUUUCUGGUUGCUAUUUUAGUAUACAGCAGCAGGGGGUGCUGUGGAUGCAGACCUUUUUGUCUUCGUGUCCUUACCUAACAUUCUGACUGAAAUCUUAUGUAAUUUAUUUGGAAAGCUUUUGUGUUUUGUGUGUAGUUUCAAAAUGACGCUCAUAGAUCGUCUACAACAGCUGCACCAGAACUAACUAAUGUAACUAAUGCUAACUAAUGUACAUUCACUGUUUAAAAUGGUAACUAAUGUACAUUUACAGUUUAUCACAGGUAACUAAUGUGCUUUCAUAGUUCAUUGCAGGUAGCUACUAUGCAUUCAUAGUGCAUUGUAGAUAUUUAAUGUUCCUUUGUGGAUUUGCUUCUCUCUCUCUCACUCUCUCUCACACACACACACACACACACACACCCACCAACAAACUAUGCGGUAAUAUUCAGAACUUCACACUGUAUUAAAGCAUGGUUAGAGGUACACUGUCCAUUACAAAUUAACACCAAUAAUGCAUUAUCUCCACUUUUCUGAAUUGUUCACGGUUCCUAAAUACAAACCUGGUUUGUGCUAAAUUAACCUUUUCUUUGGAUUUGAAUCUGGGCCUGAUUUUGAGUCAAACAGUAUUUGAUAAACAAACCUGUACCUGUUUUUUCCUGGUCAAAUAUAACAUGAUCUAUGAAUACUGUGUGGUUAGCCCCAUAAAUGUAUAUUUUAAUUUUACUACGUAUCUUGUGCACCUUCUUAAAUCAAUGCACCUCUCCCCCUCUGUACAGUUUCAUUAUGAAAGUAAUUAGAGAUGAAUAUUCCUUUUAAAUAGCUUACCCUGCACUUUAUAUAGAAUUGUAUUCCAUAAAUGUACAUAAAAGUAUAAGAAAUGUAUGAAUAUUUCUAAUAUUUUCCCUUGCAGUAAAUUAGUAGUUCUGUGUGAGUUUAGUCUACAAAGCUGCACUUUUGAACUUUCUCACAUCGCUGGCUUCAGAUUAAUGACUGCUUUUCUGUAUAUUUACUUAGUUUUAACCAGAAAAAAAGACAUCCAAUGUCCUGGAAAUGUUUUUUGUUGUCAUUUUGGAAUAAAUCUUUGUGAAUGUAA